AUACAUCUUCGUGCUUUAAAGUGUUUUUGAGGCUUCCCAUUAACUACUUUGAACGUAAAAUAUAUCAGAUUCACCAUUCUGCCACACUGAAAACGACCGGUGAGCGCUUUAUUUUGAAAGCUAUUACAAAACUUCCUGUACGGUUGCAGCUCACUCCGGCCAGCUUGCCGUUUUCUCCGUGCAGGCCGAGACUUUCCUGCAGAUCUGUCCAAUCAGAGUUUACUGACAGAGUGGAAGUUGGUCGCAACGUCCUCAUACAAAACCGUGUGUCAGUCAAAGUUGUGGCGUGGAUAUUCAGCGAAGAAACCGACAACUUUAGCCAAGUUACUUUGGGUGACGAAGAAGUUUUUUUUACCUUACGAACCAACAGGAUGUCCCCCGGUGGCUGAAGGUGACCGGAGCUGCACGGUAUGGCAACAUAACUUUACAUUGUAGCUUUGUGUGUGAGUGUGACGCUGCUCUACUGACAACACCGACUCCUGCUGCUGCUGCUGUGUAAUAUCUCUAGCAUGCCACGCAGGCAGUUAACUUCACCAAAGAGAAGAAAACUUCGCCUAAAACUCCGAAGUGGGCCACACAUUGUCAUACUUUGACACGUUGUAUAUUUUCCACCCAGAUUUCCUUUUUGUUUAAUCACUAAUGAUGAAGAUUAGGAGAUACUUAAGGGGGAGUGGGAGGGUACUCGCAUUUGUGUUCAUUGCCUCUGUCAUCUGGCUGCUGCUCGACAUGGCUGCUCUCCGCCUGUCAAUAAACGAUGGGAACAGUCAGCUGCUGAAGGAUCAAAUCAUUAAAGAAAGGGAGGUUUUCAAGCAGCAGAACAGGGUGACUCAGGGGAUGAGAAGGGGCUUCAAACACCCAGUUCAGAGGCUGGACUUUGCUGUCACACAUGCUGCUGGAAAAGGACCACUCGAUGUAAGCCUCAAACUAGCCCAAGUGUACAGACAAGGGGGCAAGAAACAGGAUCAAAUGGUGAGGGAUAAAAUCUCUCUUCAUCACCAAGAAGGUAAAGUUCAUGUGACUGAGCCUCCCAAAAAUGUUGUUAAUGAACAUAAAGGAGGAGCUGCCCCGCCAAAGCAGGAUGCUCCUGCAAAGAACAAAGCCGUGGAUUUGAAUGGGACAAAGUUAGAGAAAAGUAAAGUAAUAGAUGACUCUAUUAAAGUGAAAUUGCCUGUUGUGGUGCCUAAUAUAACCCAAGUGCCACCUGGAAAGGAGAACAAACAUGCAAAGAAGGGGCCAAUUAAAAGUGGAGAUGCCGUACAAAACGCUCAGGACAAAAUUGAUUUAAAGAAAGAUGAAAAAGUCAAGGAUGAGCCGAAAACCAAGAAAGAGAGUCGGCCUCAGGCAGAGGAGCCGCACCCUGUUAAAGUAACGUCCAAACCACCAAACAAGGAUGUAAAAGGAAAGGAGGUAAAUAAGAAAAUAGAGGACAAACACAUUAAGGCAACUGCCAAGAGUGACGUGAAGGCAGCGAAGGAAACCCCGAAACCUGCAGUCAAAGCUAAAGCAGAAGAAGACACCAAGGAUAACUCCAUAGGAGUCAGGAAGACAGGAGUCCACAAAGUGCUUUCUCUGGAUGUGACCAACGCUCCCAGGAAUGCAAGAGCAAAGGGUCAGUUUGGUCAGGCGGCACGUGUCGCCAGUAGUGAAGAUGCAGAGGUGAGGAAGAGGUGGGAUGAAGGGCAUUUUAAUGUCUACCUGAGCGACCAGAUCCCAGUGGACCGGGCCAUCCCAGACACCAGGCCGGACAUGUGUGCACAGAAUCUGGUCCAUGAUAACCUGCCGUCCACUAGUGUGAUUUUCUGUUUCGUGGAUGAAGUGUGGUCCACGCUGCUGCGCUCUGUGCACAGUGUGCUCAACAGGUCUCCACCACACCUCCUCAAAGAGAUCAUCCUGGUGGAUGAUUUCAGCACCAAAGAAAAGCUGAAGAAGCCGCUUGACGAGUACAUGUCCCAGUUCCCCAAAGUGCGAAUCGUUCGUCUGAAGGAGCGGCAGGGUCUCAUCAGGGCCAGACUGGCUGGAGCUGCUGUAGCACAAGGUGAGGUCCUUACCUUCCUCGACUCCCAUGUUGAAUGUAACGUUGGCUGGCUGGAGCCGCUGCUGGAGAGAGUCUAUCUGGAUCGCAAGAAAGUGCCCUGUCCUGUUAUCGAAGUCAUCAGUGACAAGGACAUGAGUUACAUGCUGGUUGACAACUUCCAAAGAGGGAUUUUCAAAUGGCCUUUGGUGUUUGGCUGGAGUGCAUUACCAGACGACUAUAUUCAGAAGAAUAAAAUGACCAUCUCGGAUCCCAUCAGGUGUCCAGUUAUGGCUGGAGGCCUUUUCUCCAUCGACAAAAAAUACUUCUAUGAACUUGGUGCUUAUGAUCCUGGCCUGGAUGUUUGGGGUGGGGAGAACAUGGAGAUCUCAUUCAAGAUCUGGAUGUGUGGAGGGGAGAUCGAGAUCAUCCCCUGCUCUCGAGUGGGACACAUCUUCCGAGGACAGAAUCCCUACAAGUUCCCCAAAGACAGGCAGAAGACGGUAGAGCGUAACCUGGCCAGGGUGGCCGAGGUCUGGCUGGACGAGUACAAGGACCUGUUCUACGGCCACGGGUACCACCACCUGCUGGACAAAAAGACCAUCGACAUCGGCAACCUCACCGAGCAGAUCGAGCUGAGGAAGAAGCUCCAGUGCAAGAGCUUCAAGUGGUACCUGGACAACGUGUAUCCAGACAUGAACGCUCCUCUAGUCAAAGCUGAAGGCCUGGUCUUUAAUCGUGGCUUAAGAAAAUGCCUCAGUCUGCAGAAGGGCUCUCUGUCGUUCGAGACAUGUGAUCUCAGCAAGCAGAGUCAGCACUUUAAUUACACCUGGAUGAGGCACGUUCGCCAGCAGGAUCUAUGCAUCACUCCCCACAACCAGGGCAGCAGCCUCGCUUUACAAGUGUGUGACAACGCCAAGAGUGACCAUCGCUGGUUCCACAAGUCGUCUAAAGCCGCUCUGGCGGAGCACCUCAUAGCAGAGUUCGUUUCCCACCACAUGUGCCUGGAGGCGGGGGCUGAUGGCACUCUUAUCCUCAAUCCAUGUGAAACCAUGAGCGCUUUCCAAAAGUGGCAGUUCACCAACUACCAUGCGUAGCGAGGGGGCUGGAUUGUGUCAAACAUGCACUAUAGAGACCUGCAGUGACCUCACACACUACAGUACGGUACGGUCUGGGGUCCAGACUGACACAUACUGUCCACAGGAAGCGCUUUGGUGGCAGUGAAGUGGUGUAAAGCAGAGGGGGAUGUGGGGAUGUGCAAUGUUUUUAAUUUCCUUUUAUCAUAUCAGCUUGGACUGACUUUGAGAUUUAAACACUCCUGUGCCUGAGGAAAGAGAGCAGCGUCUCUCUGUUUUGGAUCAGAGAUUCAUAUCUGAGGAAGAACACUCCAACAUAUCAUCUCCCUGCCAAAGAAUAACAGUGCCGCUUUGAUGUAAAAAAGAAUAAAUGUCUUUUUGUGUUUUUUUGCUCUGCUGGGACUGAAUAAUGACUUCAAUGAUUUGCAUGUAGAAUGUGUACUUUUGUAUUAAAUACAUCUUUUUUUUUUUUUCCUUUGGGUGCAACAUCUUUUUUUCUAGAUGUCGUAUUUUUAUGUUUGGUGAGGCACAUGAGGGAAACGGCUGCUUCUAUGGUGUUUAAUGCUCCAUUAUUUAGGUGAAGGUUUCUUUUUUGUUUGUGAAAACUGUCUAUUUGUAUGAAUUUCUUCUUGUCACUAGAGGGAAGUGUUGUGUAUAAAACCCAACGUGCUGUGAUUUCAUGAUUUUGUGGCCUGUUAUCAAAUCCUUUAACCACAUACUGAUGGAAAAGUCAAAAUAAAAGGAUGCCGAUGAGAACUUA